CCAUCGCGUGACUGCAUUUCUGGUUCUUUUGUUUUUGGUUAGUCAUAUAAGCAUUUUCCUUCUUUCUUUCUUUCGCUGAUUUAGGGCACUCCAACUACAAGUACCGGAAAUCGCUCUUUUGACUCAGAACCAAAACCUCCUCUUUCUCUCGCCGAUCUGCUUCUCAGGCUAAAAGUUGAGUAUCGAGGAGUAAAGCUAUACAAUUUGUCCAUCUAUCUUUUGACUCUCAAGACUAGGAGUGCUGUUUCUCAGCAAGGAAUGAUUGUUUGCAUGACCUUUUAAUGCUCAUGCAAUGUCGGGAUUACUUAAUUCUUCUCUCAACAGUUCAGCUUCAAACCUUCCAGAUAAUACUGGGCGAACUUUUUCUUCUUCUUUCUCUGGUCAGUCUGGUGCGGCCUCCCCUGUUUUUCAUCACUCCGGAACACUUCAAGGGCUACACAAUAUUCAUGGGAGCUUUAAUGUUCCCAACAUUCCCGGUACACUAACAUCAAGAAACUCCGCACUAAAUAAUGUUCCUUCUGGGGGAGUUCAACAACCAACUGGCGGCCUUUCUAGUGGGCGUUUUGCAUCAAAUAAUCUUCCGGUUGCACUUUCCCAGCUAUCUCAUGGAAGCUCACAUGGACAUUCAGGGGUCGCAAAUAGAGGAGGUAUAAGUGUUAUAGGGAACCCUGGAUUUAGUAGUAGCACAAAUGGAGUUGGCGGUUCUAUUCCUGGAAUUCUCCCAACCUCUGGUGCAAUUGGUAACCGAAAUGCUGUUCCAGGAUUGGGAGUAUCCCCAAUUUUGGCAAAUGCAGGUCCUCGGAUUACAAGUUCCAUGGGAAACAUGGUUGGUGGGGGCAACAUUGGGAGGAGUAUAGGCUCUGGUGUAGGAUUAUCUGUUCCUGGUCUUGCCUCUCGGCUAAACUUAGGUGCAAAUAGUGGAUCUGGAAGUUUGAAUGUUCAAGGACAAAAUCGAUUGAUGAGUGGUGUACUUCCACAAGGUUCUCCACAGAUGCUUUCUAUGCUAGGAAAUUCCUAUCCCACUGGUGGAGGUCCCCUUUCUCAAGGCCAUGUCCAGGCAGUAAACAACUUAAACUCUAUGGCAAUGUUAAAUGAUGUGAACUCUAAUGAUACACCUUUUGACAUCAAUGACUUCCCUCAGUUGACAAGUCGUCCUAGUUCUGCUGGAGGGCCCCAAGGACAAUUGGGUUCGCUACGAAAACAAAGUCUUGGUGUUAGUCCUAUUGUUCAACAAAACCAGGAGUUUAGCAUUCAAAAUGAAGAUUUUCCUGCUUUACCUGGAUUUAAAGGUGGUAAUGCAGAUUAUGCAAUGGAUAUGCACCAGAAAGAACAACUUCAUGACAAUGCUGUGUCAAUGAUGCAAUCACAGCACUUCUCUAUGGGGAGGUCUGCUGGAUUUAACUUGGGGGGAACGUAUUCAUCCCAUCGUCAGCAGCAACAACAACAUGCUCCGUCAGUCAGUAGCGGUGGUGUCUCUUUUUCAUCUGUAAACAAUCAGGAUCUUCUCCAUUUACAUGGCUCAGAUAUUUUCCCAUCCUCACAUUCGUCUUAUCACUCCCAGACCAGUGGGCCUCCUGGCAUUGGACUAAGACCUCUAAAUUCUCCAAAUACUGUAUCUGGUAUGGGAUCGUAUGACCAGCUUAUCCAGCAGUAUCAACAGCACCAGAACCAGUCUCAGUUUCGGCUGCAACAAAUGUCAGCUGUCAAUCAGCCAUUCCGGGAUCAGGGCAUUAAACCCAUGCAGCCUGCUCAAUCUGCUACAGAUCAAUAUGGUUUGCUUGGCUUGUUAAGUGUAAUUAGGAUGAGCAAUCCUGAUCUGACAUCCCUUGCACUUGGAAUUGACCUUACUACACUAGGGUUGAAUUUGAAUUCAACAGAAAAUCUUCACAAAACUUUCGGUUCUCCCUGGUCUGACGAGCCAGCUAAGGGUGAUCCAGAGUUUACUGUGCCACAAUGUUAUUAUGCUAAACAACCACCUGCUCUACAUCAAAGUUACUUUUCGAAGUUUACGGUGGACACUUUAUUUUACAUAUUUUACAGCAUGCCGAAAGAUGAAGCCCAAUUAUAUGCUGCAAAUGAACUUUACCUUAGAGGCUGGUUUUAUCACAAAGAGCACCGACUAUGGUUCAUAAGAGUCCCCAACAUGGAGCCGCUUGUUAAGACACCUACAUAUGAGAGAGGAGCUUAUCAUUGUUUUGAUCCGAACACGUUUGAAACAAUCCGCAAGGAUAAUUUUGUUGUCCAUUAUGAGAUGUUGGAAAAGAGACCGUCACUACCUCAACAUUAACACUGCCCCCCCUUUGUUUAGCAAACAAGAUCCUACUUACAGUGUAAAGUUUGAGUUUAUUCAUUAGAAACCUAGUUAGUUUGCAGCAUCAAUGUUCCUUGUAUCAGGCAAUUGUAAGCAAUUGGCCUCUCAAUCUCGUUCCACUGAUCUUUAGUGGCAUCAUUUUCGUUUACAUAAAUAUGCUCUGUUCUUUGUCACUUUAAUUAGCGACCUUGCCCCUUUGACUGUA